AUUUUUAAGCGAAUUCGUACCUGGUACGGAUAUGAAUAAGAUGAUACGCAUUUCUAUUUUACGUAAUAGAGAAAAAAUAUUACUAAAGCAGCGGUUUUUAUUAUUAUCAGCUUUUAAUGACUAAUCGAGUCUUAAAAUAAUAAAAAAAAUUUUUUUUGAAUUAAAAAUAUACAAAAAAGUCGCAAUAACAAAGAGGGUUUUUGUUUUGAAAGACAACAAAAACCUACUCGUAGUCGAGUUUAUUUGUGUAACAUUCUGGCCAAUAAUAAUUGGUGAUCUCUACAAAGCGUGUUUGCAUCUUUGAUUCUUGUAGAGGUGGGGGUCAAACACGCCAAACGGCAAGGAAUCGUACUCGAUAUACCUUUGCAAAGCGUGCUUUCGAAUAGUGUAAUCGACGAUGUGCGUUUGUAACGUUUAAAGUGUGCGGAAAAAGUGUGGGCACAUUGUCAUAAUUAUUUUUCGGCUUUUUAGUGAGCAAUGAUCAAGAAUGAGGCUCUUUAAAAGAAGGUGUUCUGAUCCGAACCCACAACUGGUUAGUCUUUCACCUCUAACAGACUCUUCUGAUAACAUCUCCAACAAAAUAGACAAAGAUCCCAAUGAAUCUAAAUCGAAUCUAUCCACGUGGGGUAAAAAAGUGGGUGAAAAAUGGGAUAAAAUAAAGCGGAGCGAUUCCUCUGAAAUCCUCGGUUCAACCCCGGGAAAGAAAGCGCAACCAAAAAGCCCGCAACCAAUGUUUAAAAAAAUUUCGCGGGUUGAAUCGUUAAAAAGUUUUUUUUCGCGCUCCGAAAAAUCCUCCGAGAAAUUAUCCGACAAUGAAGCCGAUCACAAUAAAAGCGACUCCGAAGUGCACCAAUACCUCGUUGGUGUCCGAAAAAAUUAUAAACGAACAAUCCGAACCAAAAAGCGAUACAAGUCCAUCGUGGACAAUUUAGAAUUAACCGAACAACAACUCAAAGAUUAUUUGGCCCUAAUGAGACCAAAUCGCGAAGAACUCGAGCAACUCCUCAAAGAGUUUUGCGGCGAAGAAACCAAAGACACAAAACCGAACAAGCUUCCUUCAGUAACCGAAGGAAAAUCGAAUCACAAACACAGAAGAUUUAAAGUAAGAAAUUUAUUUUCAAUCCGAUCUUCCUCGAAAUCCGACGACGAAAACGACAAAAAAAGCAGGUCUAAUUCAACGAGCAGCUUAAACAGUCUCAGCGACUUAAUAACGCAAUCGAAAAAGACUUUAUCUUUAACAGAAAUUUCAUCUGUUUUGACUUCGAUGAUCAAAUCCGACGAAAGUGGUUAUGGCAGCGAUUCAACAAGAACCACAAACUCACUUCGAGGAUCGAUUAAAUCGCAAUCAAGUGAUACCGCAGAUCCUUUAACUGAAAAUCAAAAAGUAAAAUCAGAAACGCAAAGCAUCAAAAGGCAAAGAAGUAACAGCAACGAUCUCGAUCAAACCGCUUCUAGAAAGAAACCCGUCAAAUACAACGGGGAAAACGGCGAAACCAAAAUGGAUAUUGAUGAAAAGCUCGAUAAAUUAACUUUGGAUGGGAAUUCUCCAAAAACACCAAAGUCUAAUGUAAACAAAGUUAGAAGCAGCUUUCGCACCCGUUUAGCAUCAGACAAAGAUUUUAAAUGCGUCAACAUCGUAUUGGGCCCAAAAGAUGAAAUUGGGGUUAUGAUUGCCCCAACUAACCUUGAUAACUCAAACAUAACAGCUUAUAUUAUAACUGAAGUAUUCAAAAAUUCUUUAGCAGAAAGGACUGGAAAUCUUUUUGUAGGCGAUGAAUUAGUAAAGAUAAACGGAAAAAGGCUCCGAGGAACUUCGCCGAGCUCAGCAAGAACAUCAUUAGCUUCAUUAGUGGGUAAAGUAGAAAUUGUGUUGACAAGGGCAAAACCCCGGGAAAUUAAAAAACCCCCCGAGUACUUCAAAAAGUAUACAAGUUUCUCUGAAAUACCAAAGUAUACAGUACAACCUUUAACCCCAAACAAAACCCCUCUAUUUCGAAAACCAUCAAUUUUGUACAAAACCCCGAUUAAAAACGAUGCGAAAUACAAGAACGUUAUGGAAGAAGAUGAAUCGAGGGUUACUUUUAGUAACGAAACGCCGAAAACAAUUCCCUUAAGAAAAUCGCAAUCGAUUAAAUCGAUUGGGAACAAAGAAUUAUCUGGAAUGUUAAAAUUUUCGUAUCAAAAUGAGCGAAAAGGAACCGCCCCAAUUGGUAUUCCAAAUUCAUACCGAAAUAGAUAUCAUAUUUUAAACGUCAAUUUCAAAAAGGGACCCGGAAUGAAAUCUUUAGGGUUUUCUAUUGUUGGUGGGAUUGAUUCUCCUAGAGGUCCAAUGGGGAUUUAUGUAAAAUCUAUUUUUCAACAAGGACAAGCUGCUGAAGGGGGAAUUUUACGAGAAGGAGAUGAAAUUCUUUCUGUUAAUAAUAACACUUUUAAGGGUGUUACCCAUAACGGAGCUAUAGCAGUAUUUAAAAACAUUAAAUGUGGCGAAGUAAUCAUAGAAAUAUCCAGACGUGACAACACCACUAAAAGGGCUGAAUCUAUAUAAAUAAUAAAUUUAUUUUAUAAUUAAAAUUAACUUUAAGUUGCGUUUUUAGAUUUUGUGCUGGUUAAAAAAGCAGGUUGAAAAGUUUUAUUUGUUCUGUGAUAGUUUUGAUUUUUUUGUUGGUCAAAUAACCAGCACAUUAAUCUCAUAUAAUCAAAAAAAGACUUAAAAGAAUUUCUUUUGUGUAUCAUUUAAGUUGACUAUUGUGAUAAUUUCGUUAAUUAGACCAAAUACUAAUCACAUUAUUUGUUAAAUUUCUAUAGAAUUAUUUAAAUAAGUUAAAUAAAUAUGUUAUGA